CCCGCAUUGGAUCCUCUCCACUGCCGCGGGAGCCUGGCAAUUCUGUCUCCUCCGAGCUGGGGAGUGAGUCUGGAGCCACCGCAAGCACAGGCACCAGUGGCAGUGGCAGCGAGCGUGAGAGCGCGCGGAGCAGUCGCCGGCGUCGGAGAUGAAGGAGAGUCGCGGGUCGAGGGCGGCGGUGGACGAGCGCUACGCGCAGUGGAAGUCGCUUAUCCCCGUCCUCUACGACUGGUUCGCCAACCACAACCUCGUCUGGCCGUCCCUCUCCUGCCGGUGGGGCCCGCAGUUUGAGAAAGCUACCUACAAGAAUCGGCAGCGCCUUUACCUAUCCGAGCAGACGGAUGGGAGUGUGCCUAAUACUCUGGUUAUCGCAAAUUGUGAAGUUGUCAAACCAAGGGUUGCAGCUGCAGAACAUAUCUCGCAGUUUAAUGAGGAAGCACGGUCACCUUUCGUGAAGAAGUAUAAGACUAUAGUUCAUCCGGGCGAGGUUAACAGAAUCAGGGAGCUUCCGCAAAACAGUAAGAUCAUAGCUACUCACACCGACAGUCCAGAUGUACUUAUUUGGGAUGUUGAGGCCCAGCCAAACAGACAUGCUGUCCUUGGAGCAACUGAAUCUCGCCCUGAUUUGAUAUUAAGGGGACAUCAGGAAAAUGCUGAAUUUGCGCUUGCCAUGUGUCCAGCAGAACCAUAUGUACUAUCUGGAGGAAAGGACAAAUCUGUUGUCCUGUGGAGCAUCCAAGACCACAUAUCUGCCCUUGGGGAUUCCUCAAAAGUUGAGUCUUCCCCUGGAGCAUCAGGCAGCAAGCAGUCUGGUAAAACUGCGAAUGAGAAGGAUACUCCUAAAGUUGAUCCUCGAGGUGUAUUCCAUGGACAUGACAGCACUGUUGAAGAUGUUCAGUUCUGCCCUUCUAGUGCACAGGAGUUCUGUAGUGUGGGUGAUGAUGCUUGUCUUAUCCUCUGGGAUGCUCGGACUGGUACUGUUCCUGCUGUUAAGGUUGAGAAAGCGCACAGUGGAGAUGUUCAUUGUGUUGAUUGGAAUCCCCUUGAUGUUAACUACAUCUUAACUGGGUCUGCUGAUAAUUCUGUCCGUAUGUGGGAUCGGCGAAAUCUGGGUUCUGGAGGAGCUGGUUCUCCAAUUCACAAAUUUGAGGGUCAUAAAGCUGCUGUUCUUUGUGUUCAGUGGUCACCUGACAAAGCAUCUGUUUUUGGAAGCUCUGCGGAAGAUGGUUUCUUAAAUGUGUGGGAUCAUGAGAAGGUUGGAAAGAAGAAAACUAAUGCACCAGCUGGGCUUUUCUUUCAACAUGCUGGUCAUAGGGAUAAGAUUGUUGACUUCCACUGGAAUUCAUCUGAUCCUUGGACGAUUGUGAGUGUCUCUGAUGAUGGUGAGAGCACUGGUGGAGGUGGAACAUUGCAGAUAUGGCGCAUGAGCGAUUUGAUCUACCGCCCAGAAGAGGAAGUUCUUGCAGAGUUGGAGAAUUUCAAGUCUCACUUGGCCAGCUGCACUCCGAGGAAUUGAAUCAUGUGAUCAUCUGUGAAAUUCAAUCCUGUGAAAACUCUGAGUAGGUAUCCUAGUUUCCUGGCCAUAAGUAUGGCACCUGUUGACAUUGGUUCUGUCCUCUGAUGCUCCUAGACCUGUACCCUUUAGGGGCUUGUGACUACAGCUUGUAUUUUACUUGUUGUAUGACUGAAAUUUCUAUGUUCGCAAACGUAGCAGAGCUGGAUGCCUCUGUAGUCACAAGUUAAACACAAUUGGGAUAUUGGGAUAUUGCUAAGAUUUAUUCUAGAAAAUUCUUUUGGACCUAA